AUGGACCUAUAAUGUCUUGCCAUCGCCUUCUCCAGACCAAUGUGAACCACUCCGCCAGGGCACAAGAUCUUCUAUUCCAGACUAUGGCGGAGUGGAACAUCGAGGUGGCAAUCGUGGCCGAGCCCUAUGUGGCCGAGCCCUAUGCCGUCUCCUCUGCCGACAACAGGUGGCGGGGCGACACGGCGGGGCUGGUCGCGAUUGUCAGCAAAGGAGGUAGCGCCGCCUCCUCCCUCGUCCCUCUAUCGAGGGGCGAGGGAUACGUCGCCUGCCGAUGGGGAAGCAGGGCCAUCGUGGGGGUUUAUAUCUCCCCCAACAUCUCGCCCGAAGAAUUUGAGACACAAAUCGAGGAGGUCGAGGAAGUCGUCCGCCGCCUGCAGCCAGGUUGGGUGCUGGUGGCGGGCGACUUUAACGCGAGGUCCGUCGACUGGGCUGGCCCAGUCACGGACACUAUGGGCGAGUUGUUGGGGGACUGGGCCGCCGCACUGGACCUCCACGUGGUCAAUAGGGGGUCGGUCCCUACCUGUGUGGCGGCCCGAGGGAGCUCCAUCGUGGACAUAACGAUGGGCUCCCCUAAGGCGCACGGCGAAAUCACCGAAUGGUCGGUCUCGGAUGAGGAGACCCUAUCCGACCACCGGUACAUAGUGAUGGAGGUCUCCUUACCGAGUCCGGUAAGAGAACCCUGCGCCCGGCCCGAGAGGCCAGAGGGUGCCCCCUCCCCGCGAUGGUCUCUGAAACAUCUAGAUCGGGACUUGGCGAUGACCGCUGCCAUCGCCAAGUCCUGA